UUCCACCUGUUGCAAUUGGAAUUGAUCGAAAUGAAUCCAUUCAUCCGCGAGAGACAGCUGGGAGCUGAGAUCAGCCUCCCACAGAAAAAAAAAGCAUCGUGUCAUCUGCGAUGCAGAAAGUGCAAUUCGGAGAAUCGAAGCAAAUCGAAGCAAAUCGAAGGAAAAGAUUGGAAAAGAUGGGACGAUCACGUGGAUUUAAACGGAAGCGAUUUACGAGGGUCGUGGCUGAUUGCACCGACCUUGUUUGCUCAGUGAUAAGCGAUUUCAGGACAAAUAGGUUACCUACGUCAGCCACAGUCCAAAUCAAAUUGAAACGCAACAAUCGUGACGCGAUCGCUGCGCGAUGACUACAUAUCACUCUCGUUGACCUUCCGCGACCUCGUGGAUUUUGCUCGUCAUUUUCGUUAUUUUGUGCUUUGUUGACGACGCAGGUGGAAUUUCAUGAGCGAGUAUUCAUGAUUGACAGAACGAUCACCGAUAAUCUCUCUUCCGUAGACAGUCCAGGUAGAUCUGGUAGACGUGGAACAAUGUGGAUCUGCUCGUUUUAAUUGCGAUCGCCAUCAAAAACUGAACUCCAGAUUUCCUGUAGACGCAGACAAAUUCAGUGGAAAAAAACGUUCUCCGUCAUCCCAUAUCUCUCCAUAAACACUGCAAAACUUCUACCAGGAGUGAAUCAUUUUGUUUAGAAGAACAAAAACACAGGGUCGUCUGAUGAGGGGUGAUCUGCAUCGGCAUAAAAUACAUCUCACGUUUUCGAAUGAAGUCACGUUUAAAUCACGUUUCGUCGGCUGAUAAGUCUGGAAACUUUAUCUGGCACGAGCAUGCCCCGAUAUGCAGGGUCACCCCAUUGACUUCGACAGUGGAGAAACAAAGAUAAACGGGGAUCAAAUAUUCGGCAGUGAAUAUAAGCUUUCAAAUUAUACAAUCAUGGAAGUUCUGGGAACUUACCCGAUUUUAAAGUCUUUUUUGGCGGGCUCGUUCUCCGGGACAUUCUCCACGAUCCUCUUCCAACCGCUGGAUUUAGUGAAGACCAGACUUCAGAGUAGAAUUAAUGCCCCUGUCGGAUCGCUAAAAAAUGGAAUGCUGGGCACAGUGGCGCACAUCGUUCAGAAGGAGAAUGUCUUCGGACUUUGGAAGGGUAUGACACCGUCGAUAACUAGAGUAAUUCCUGGUGUGGGUUUGUAUUUUUCAUCGCUACACUGGCUGAAACACACUUUCAAUCUUGAAGAACCCCUGACAGCUCUGCAAGCUAUUUCUUUGGGCAUUACCGCAAGGUCCAUGUCCGGCGCCUUGCUAAUUCCUAUCACUGUUGUGAAGACUCGAUUUGAGAGUGGUAUUUACAAGUACAACGGUAUCAGCGAAGCUCUUACGUUGAUCUAUAAGCAAGAGGGAGUAAGAGGUUUAUCGAGUGGUUUGGUUCCUACUCUUCUACGAGAUGCACCUUACAGUGGUUUAUAUCUCAUGUUUUACACCCAAUUAAAAAACGCGGCUGCCAGUACAGAAGCGACAAACAAUUCGUCGACACCGGUACACUUUAGCUGUGGAAUCCUGGCUGGAAUUUUAGCAUCCAUAGUGACGCAACCACCGGAUGUUAUCAAGACGAAGAUACAGUUGUACCCGAAUGAAUUCCAUGGUAUCUGUCACGCAACAUUCUUCAUUUACAAAAAGUAUGGCAUUUUAGGAUAUUUCAAGGGUAUCAUUCCUAGAAUGCUGAGGCGGACUUUAAUGACCACUAUGGCUUGGACCGUGUAUGAACAGAUUACGAGGCAAAUUGGUUUGAAGUAAAUACGCUGUUGUUAUACGAAUUAUUUUAUAUCAGAAGAUUGUGAUGUAC